AUGUUCGAAGAGGUAUCUCCGAAACCUAAUAAAAACCUUCUGAAAUCCUCUUUUAUAGCAUUAUCAAUUAUCGGCUCUUUUUAUUUUGCGGCUUACUUCAUUUCUUCAGCCAACAGCUCACUAAUUCCAUUUGAUUUUAAAUACAACCUUGAGAUUGAAGAAUUUAGGUCUUUUAUCUCAAGGUAUAACAAAGACUAUAAGACUGAAGAGGAGUUUUAUCAUAGACUAACUUACUUUCUUGAUGAGCGAGCAUUACUUUUAUUUCCUUGCUAAAUGGAAUAAUAUUUUAGCAUUUUAAAAAAAUUUUAUUAGAAAAAUUUUAGAAUUUCCAUUUUUAUAUUAAAAUUAUUAUUGCUAAAUAUACUAUGCAGCACGAGGCUUUUUUGGCUCAAAUUCCAGCCAAAAAAGCCCCGUGCUACAUAGUGUAUUUCACAUAAUUUAAUGUUAUUUUAUAACCUAAAUCUUAAAUAAGCUGAUUAAAAUUUGGCAGAACUAUCAUUUAAUUUUAUUAUAAUAAGUUCUGCCUGUACAUAAAUAUUAUAUAUUUAAAAUUUGCAGCAUGCAUUCUUUAAUUUUUUUCUCUCUGCAAAAUAAGGGGAUUAAAAGUUUUCAUUGAUAAUCUCAGCUACAUUAGAUUUUUUAACUCUCAAGGCCAAACUUGGUACAUGGGAAUUAACCAAUUUUCAGAUCUGACUCACGAAGAAUUCAGCAGAGCUCAUAAGAAUAAAAUUAUAAUUCCUGAUCAAUCGGUUUCAGAUAUCACUGAAGAGUUUGUUGCUCCAAAUCUUCAAAUCCCAAGAAGCUUUGAUCAGCGUAGCUACGGCUGUGUAUCUCCAAUACGAAACGAAGGCUCUUGUUCGGCUCCUUGGGCAUAUGCAGCUGUUGGUACUAUAGAAGGCACUUGGUGUGAUGUCGGCCAUGGUCUUACCGAUUUGUCUGUGCAACAACUUAUUGAUUGUUCUGACUUAUAUGGCAAUAAAGGCUGCAAUGGAGGAUCGAUAAUAAAUGCUUAUAAUUAUGUCAUGAAAAAAGGAAUUACCAGUGAGCAAAUUUAUCCAACAACUGGAACACAAGGAGUUUGCAACACAGCAAAAGAAAAACAAGUUCUUGUUAGUCUUGCAUCAUUUGCAAGAAUUUUAGCAAAUAACUCUUAUGCUUUUGAAGUUGGCAUUCUUAGCGCACCAGUAGCGGCUUAUGUUGAAGCAAUUGGAGCGGGCUGGCAAAAUUAUAAAGGAGGGAUCAUUAGCAGCAAUUGUGGGACUGACCUUGAUUGGGCUGUUCUUGCUGUGGGAUAUAACUUGGCUAAUUCGCUGCCUUAUUAUACAUGUCAAAAUUCAUGGGGCACUGACUGGGGAGAAGCGGGAUAUGUAAGAAUUUCUAUUGUAGAUGGGGCAGGAACUUGCGGAAUCCAAAUGUCUGCAUCAUUCGGAGUAUAUUAA